AGGUUUUUCGACGAGGGCCAGCGUAACGAGUUUCGCGAAAAUUAUCCAUUAUCACCGCUUUGUCGCUAUCAUUAGGCGAAAAUUGCGAUCUCGUCCAAGUUUGGAUCUCGGGUGCAAUCUCUGCUGCCAGCCAUGGCCGCACACUACACAAUCGACUGUUAAAUGGGACAUGCGACCGCCACGGUGAAUAUUUCACUUUCACUCCGUUCGAGGAGUUCAAAUACGUUUCUCUCGAGCAUCGGGCGAAUUACCGCGAAUUUCCAUCCUUCUCUGUCGCCCUCCCCACUCCCGUUCCAACCAGCUCGUUCCCUUUCCAGCACGCGGGGCGGCGCUGCGUGCGCGUAUUUACAGUGUUGUUCGCAUUGAUGUUAAACAGGGUAUGGAUUGCGCGAAAUCGUACGGCCAAUAACGAAUCGAUUGUUCCAAACGUGAUAUCGUGGAAUUAAACGUUUGUGCUUGUUCAACAAUACCGCGCGAUAUCCGAAUGUUUAAAUGCAGAGAUAUUUGCCAUUCAGUUGGGCAACGAGUAUCUCGUGUGUUGAUGGGAAGAUUGGAGGACCAAGUUGGACCAAAUCUCUUCAACACCUCAACGAUACUUUUUCCCCUCAUCAACUAUCACAUUAUCGAAGCUAAAAAUGCAGAACGAUUCAACGGAGGGAGCUGUACGGAGAUAAUUUGUCCAGGUCCCGGUGCCAAAAGCCUAGGAACCGCAGACGUAUGCACGUCCGUAGUGAACGUAACAAGCCUCCUGAGACCACUCAACAGGUAUAUACUGCUUUAUGAGCCACAUCACAGGCUUUUGGUUGAAUGACGUCGUGUAAAUAACAUGCAGAGGCUAGACAUUUCAUAUUUAACGCGUUACGUAUCAGCGUUAUAAUAUUCCGGGUACACGAGUCUCGCUGCAAAUGAAUGAGAUUACACGUUCAUCUUCGAUUUCACGAAUAAUUAAAUCGGUUCUUUUAACACGUUUUACGAAAGUUACACACAGGUUAGUCUUUCGAAAUAAUAAAGUAAUAGGAGCUGAUUCUAUCUGAUGACAUGGAAUAUGAAAAUUUUAAGUCGAAUAUAAAUCUUCUCUGUAUAUAAUUAUAUGAUCCUUAAAAAUAUUUUCUAUCAUCAUUUAUCUAUUAAUCGUGAUGUAAUUAAUUCAACUUCGAUUUCGUAUCUAAUUAAUCCUUUAUAUUGAUUUGUUCUUGUCACGAUUACACAUGAUAAAGUUACCUAUUUGCUUUCAAAAUAUUGUAAUUAAUAUCAAGGGAGAUAUUCCACGUGUUAAUUUUGCGAAGAAACGAAAAUUGAAAUUUAGAAAUUUUAUUUAUUUUAAUAUGUUUUUAAGAAUUUGAUAUUUGAUACGGAAAAUA